AUGCGUUGUUAUGGCUUAUCUAUUCCUGGAAGCGAUUAUCGCUUCUUCCUUCCAACACAAACUCCGCCACUAUCCCUGCGGCCGACGACAACCGUGCCGAUGACCCGAGUAACAUUCGGGUCGGGUUUUCCGAAACUAAAAGCCACGUUCAACGACGGCGUUGUGACGGAGAAAUUGAGUUUCUACGAUCUUCUAGGUAUACCUGAAUCUGGUUCGUUGAUGGAUAUCAAAAGCGCUUAUAAACAGCUUGCGAGAAAGUAUCAUCCGGACGUUUCGCCGCCGGACCGGGUGGAAGAGUAUACGAAGAAGUUUAUUCAGGUUCAUGAGGCGUAUGAGACGUUGUCCGAUCCUUCUAGGAGGAUUAUGUAUGAUCAGGAUAUGGCUAGAGGUGUUCAUCUCGCGUUCAACGCCAGAAAACGCUAUAAUCGCUCCGAUCAGGUUACAAUUGAAGAGCUUGGACUGAUUUUUGUUUCUCCUUUGAAAAGCUUACAAUUGAUCAACUUGUUCAGGUUAAAGCUUUUGACUGAAAAAUAG